CGUACAAAUGAGUGUGUCCAUCUCCGUCGCUUCCGAGCUCGGGUUUGUUUUGACAAGUCGAAAGCGAUGAAGGAUACGAGGAGGACUAGACACGGUGACCUUGGUCUCUCGUUCGUGAACCGAUGCACUGCCGCUCUCGGCGAAAAAACGUAUCGGGGGUCUUUGUCCGAAAAUUGUCCACAAUAGGCGACACACUGCGGGACGGAAGGUACCGUACCCCUUGUCCAUGAUGGUGCGGGUCCUAAAGAUCCCCCUGCGCGAAGGGUUGACGUUUUCAAGUGGACACCGAACGCGUUCGCGGCGAGCAUUACGACAGUGGGACCCCAGCUUAAAAGUACACGAGUAGCGAGCGAAGAUAGUCCAAAAUGGCAAGCGUAAAUCGAAGGUCCAAACACGCGUGGACCGAGGAGAAGACUCUCGAACUAAUUGAGCUGUAUAAAGAGCGGGAAGAAUUAUGGAAUCCUCUGUCGCACCGGUACCAUUUGAAGAAUUUGAAAUUGGACGGAUGGUCCAAAGUUACACAGACACUGGAAGUUCCAGUUGAGGUGUGUAAAGCGAAAAUGACAUCGCUGCUAGCGUCGUUCAGACGGGAAAAAAGGAAGAUGAAGAAAUCGAAAGGAAGAGGUACCAACGAUGUUUACAAAAGCAGUUGGUUUGCUUUUAAGAGUAUGGAAUUUUUAAACAACAGAACCACUCCAAUGACAGACUUCUGUUCAGCUACUACUCACACACAGAACAAAGACCAAAAUGAGGGGGAAGUGGAAGCUGAUGCGGAUGCGGAAGCGGAAACGGAUGCGGAAGCGGACGGAGAAGUAGAAGCAGAACCCGAAGUCGUUGCUUCAACGGACAGGGAUACGUCUACACCACCUCUACAUAAAAAAACCUCCACCAGGAUAAGAAGCAAUGGUAGAACAACUUCCGACAAUGCAGUCAUCGAAGAAGUUAUGGAGAUCAUAAGGAAUAUCCAGAAGAGAGAUCACAUACAGGCGUUUGGACUGUCUGUGGUCGAAAGGAUGCGCCAGUUAAAACGGCGCAAUCAAAUUUUAUUAAUGCAAAUAAUAAACACGGCAUUGUGCGAAAGGGAAUUGAGUGAGUUGGAGAGCGAGUCUGGGAGUGAACGAGCGAGUGGUUCGACUGACUGAAGGAGUAUGUAAAUGUGUGUGUGUGUGUGAGAAAGUGCAUGUACGUGUGAAUAUAUAUAAAUAAAAAAAGUCAUAAGUGAAAUACACUUUUCUCAUUUACCUUUAUACUAUAGAUACCUACAUAAAAGAAAAAUGUAUGACCACAAGUGUUUUUUAAACUUACUAUGAUACUGAACCAUGCUGAAAACUGUCUUUAGACUACUGGCACCUUCAAUUAUAUACAGGGUGUCCCAAAAAUGUUGGAGAUCCUUGAAAGGGAUGGUUCAG